AUGAAGUAUAUUCCUCUCGUUAUUGCAGUUGCUGCCGGCCUGGCACGUCCGGCUACUGCCCACUACAUCUUCAGCAAGCUCGUGCUGAACGGAGAGGCAUCUGCGGACUGGCAAUACAUCCGCGAGACUACUCGCAGCAUAGUCUAUGAGCCGACCAAGUACACCUCUACCUUCGAUAACCUAACACCCAGCGAUAGCGACUUCCGCUGUAAUCUCGGUUCCUUCAGCAAUGCUGCGAAGACCGAGGUCGCUGAGGUUGCGGCAGGCGAUACCAUCGCAAUGAAGCUAUUCUACGACACCAGUAUUGCGCAUCCUGGCCCGGGACAAGUUUAUAUGUCCAAGGCACCGACCGGCAAUGUUCAGGAAUACCAAGGAGACGGGGAUUGGUUCAAAAUCUGGGAAAAGACCCUUUGCAACACGGAUGGUGAUCUGACUACAGAGGCCUGGUGCACCUGGGGCAUGUCACAGUUUGAAUUUCAAAUCCCAGCUGCGACCCCGGCAGGAGAGUACCUAGUGCGCGCCGAGCAUAUAGGCCUGCAUGGCGCUCAAGCGAACGAGGCCGAAUUCUUCUACAGCUGUGCGCAGAUCAAGGUUACAGGCUCGGGAACUGGAUCUCCCAGUCUCACGUAUCAAAUUCCUGGUCUCUAUAACGACACUAUGACCCUGUUCAAUGGCCUCAAUCUUUGGACUGAUUCAGCCGAGAAGGUGCAGCUGGAUUUCCUGGAGACGCCAAUUGGGGACGACGUGUGGAGCGGAGCAGGCUCGGGGAGCCCAUCUGCUGCCACCUCUUCGACCAGCGGUGCAACUCUUGCAGCUCAGGGUACAACUACCUCUGCCGCGCAUGCUCAGGCCCAGACCACCAUUACCACCAGCACCAGCACCAUCACGUCUCUCGAAUCAGCCAGCUCAACCGAUCUCGUUGCGCAGUAUGGUCAGUGCGGAGGCCUUAACUGGUCCGGUCCAACCGAGUGUGAGACACCUUAUACCUGUGUGCAGCAGAACCCUUACUACCAUCAAUGCGUGAAUUCGUGCUGA